ACGGGAUCGAAGGAAGCGGAAGUGAUCAGGUGAGCGGAGAUCCGCUAUGUGUGUCCCGUACUGCUAGGACUGUACACCGAGAGGGUCUGUCUGUCUCCCCAGAGGAUGAGCGGCUCCUCCUCCACUUAUCAGCUCCUCGGUGACCAUGUCGGGAUCUCUGAGUGAGAAGAGCCCAGCGUCUGCACUCACUCUCAGCCUUCUCUCGUCUCACCAUGACCUCCUGUCGCCCAAGAGCCGGCAGAUCUACAGCCACGCCGACCUGGUCAGCGCCGAACUCGGCGGCGGGGCUCCCGCUGACCGCCUCAACCCCAAGUGGCUGAAAGAAGGUCAGAACCAGCUGCGCAAAGCGGCGGAGAAUGGGAAGGAAGACCAGAACUGCAACCCGGAUCCCGAGAGCGGCAACAAGGACUGGGCCAAUCGGAACCAGGAGAAGGAUGAAAAGGAGACGCACCUGGGAGACGUCGAGGCUCUGAACUGCGCCAACCUGAGUGCCCGACUCGGCUCUCCUCUGCUUAUCCAGGAGCGAGACGACGACGAGGAGGACCUGACCCCCGGCCGCAGCGAGCUGACCGACCCCAUCACCACCGAAAUGUCCGAACCCAGCUCCGACUUGCUGGCCGCGCAGGAGAGCGGCGGCAAAGAGUCCGCCGAAGGUCCGAGGGAGGGGGGCCGCAGUGCCAGUCUGCUGUUUGGAAUGAGGAACACGGCUGGGAGUGAUGAGGACUCUAGCUGGGCGACGCUGUCCCAGGGAAGCCCGUCCUACGGCUCGCCGGAUGACACAGAUUGCUUCUGGACACGGAACUCCAUGGAGACCGACUCGGAUUUGCCCUCGGGGUGGAUGAGGGUGCAGGACACUUCGGGGACGUAUUACUGGCACGUUCCCACCGGGACCACUCAGUGGGAGCCCCCGUCCGAUUUCUGCAACGGGGAGCAUAAGGUGUACGCCCCUUCCACGGAGCAGACCCCCACGGAGGAGCUGGAGGCCAUGUCGCAGGAGGACUUCUCUGACGUCAGCCGGCAUGAUCUGGAGGACGCAGCUUUACACAUGAGCUCCAUGAGCAUUAGCUCCUCACAGCCUGAGGAUGAAAAGGAGUCUCAUCUGGCGAGCGAUCCCAGCGCACAGAGUUUCGCCGUGCAGUCCCUCGGGUGGGUUGAGAUGACGGAAGACGAUUUGGCUCCCGGGAAGAGCAGCGUUGCAGUAAACGGCUGCAUCCGCCAGUUAUCGCUUCAUACGCAGAGCCUGACGCAGGGCCAGGACAUGCUGCUGGUUCUGGAUCAGGACUCGCUGAAUCUCUUUGACCCUUCGGGUCAGAAUCUACUCCACUCGCAGCCGAUUGUCAGCAUCCGCGUGUGGGGAGUGGGGAGAGACGACGGCAGAGACUUUGCUUAUGUUGCGAGAGACAAGUUGACCCAGUUGCUGAAAUGCCACGUGUUCCGCUGCGAGGCGCCGGCCAAAGCCAUAGCGACGGCGCUUCACGGGGUCUGCUCUCGGAUAAUGGCUGAGAGACGAAGCACUCGCUCUAUAAUGGACGGCCUCUUUUUGGAUCAGUCCAGAUUGGUGGAUAUACCUUUUCAAGUUGAGUUUCCUGCUCCAAAGAAUGAUCUGGUUCAGGGCUUUCAUGUCUUCUAUCUGGGAGGCGUUCCCGUCGCUAGACCUGUUGGAAUGGACGUCAUUAAUGACACCCUGCAGACAGCUCUCAGCACCUGUAAAUCCAACUGGAUUCUAGUGACCGUCAAUGUAGCCUCAGCCACGGUCACCAUAAUAAGCCAGCAGACAGAGGAGACGCUCAGUGAGUGCCGAGUGAGGUUCCUCUCGUUCAUGGGGGUUGGAAGAGAUGUCCACACGUUUGCGUUCAUCAUGGCUGAGGCUCCGGGGAUUUUUACAUGUCACAUGUUCUGGUGUGAACCUAACGCAGCCCACCUGUCUGAGGCGGUGCAGGCCGCCUGUAUGCUGCGGUAUCAGAAGUGUCUGGAUGCGCGGCCGCUGGGCUCGUCCUGCCUCCCCACUCCUCCUGCCGACUCGGUGGCUCGCAGAGUGGGCUCCAGCGUACGCAGGGGAGUGCAGUCUCUGCUCGGCUCUUUCAAACCCAAACGCCCCGGAGGGCAGACGCCGUGACCUUGUGGGAUUAGGCCGUUGUCCUCCCCUCUUCUGUGCUUCCUUUUGGUCUCUCCCGUUAAACAUCGUGGGCCAAACGGGCAGCACAGUUUGUAUGAAGUCGUGUAUCCCGUGUAAUGACAACAAGGCACUCCAGGCUCUGGGUUACCGUUAGAUGCCUAGAAGCCUUUUGAGUGGCAAUAGGGCCCUCGGGGGCUGCCGUUCCCACCCCGCUCCCCCUCCUCUGGGAGGUAUGGUUAGUAGUCGUGUCUGUGAUAGUGUGAGUGUGUGUGCGCUAUAGACACUCCUGCUAUAGGCUCCGCGGGGUACUAAUGCUGCUGACCCCGUAAUGUCCUGCUAUAAUCUCAUGCCAUAGCGUGCUGUGUCGGGGGGCAGCUCUGGGUCGGGGGCAGAAAGGCUCUGAUGGCGUUAUAUGCUCACAUGGCAGCAGAGAAUCUGCAUCACCUGAAAAGGGAUCUGAUCUUUCCAGUUCCCCUGCCCUGAUUUAUACCG